AUGGUCGUCCUAUGGCUUAAUUUCCGCAGACUGGCGUUGAUGCCGGAACCUGAGUUCUUCGCUACACUAACCUUACUAUUCUUUUAUCACUUUUUUGAAUUUGUAAAAGUGGUUUACGUAGAGUUCAAAAAGUUUCAAACAUAUUCAGCAGCUCGUCACAUUAUACGUCUCACCUACCCUGGAGACAUCGGGCGGACACACAAUGAGUCUUGGCACCCAAUAACCCCGUAUUUCAUUCUCACAGUUAAGCUUGUAGCCUAUGGCCAGAGCGGAAAAGCGAGACUCGGUAUGGCAGCUCCCUCAAAUGAGGUGAUUGCCAAUAACGCAGACUCGGUAGCUGGAGCAGGACUACGGAGAAGUUCAAGGCUCCAAGUCCAAGACGUCACUCCCCUUCCACAAUCUCGUAAGCGCACGCUUCCCAACCUAGAGAACGCUAGCGAAAGAAAUGAAGGGCAAACAAGUGAGGAGAACGGGGAUGACUUCGUCAUCAAGGGCGGUUACGCUCCAAGGAGGAAGCAAAAAUCUCUUCCCGAAUACGUUGCUUCUAGCUCAGAUAUUCAUGCGCCAUCAUUAGCACCAAGACUACUCUGCCUCUUCCCCUCCAUUUCUACCCGAUCUUUGUUAUGUUUUAGCAUUUCAAUCUUUAAUAACGACUCAAAUGUUGUUUCCUUUGUAUUGAAACACAGUUCAUGA